AUGUUCACGGAUCUCAUUAAUUCCAGCAAGUUGGGUGUUCUUGCCGCCCUUCCAAUCCUCUACUGGAUCGGCUGGGUUAUUUACGCACGCACUCUACACCCAUUGAGCAACAUUCCCGGUCCAUUCUUGGCGACGGUCUCUCGACUAUGGUACAUCCGCAAAAUUUGGUCAGAGGAUGUAGAAAAGGAUGAGAGGGUCCUACACGAGAAAUUCGGUCCUUUGAUUCGCAUUGCGCCGGAUGAAGUAUCCCCUGAGGCAUUUGCAAAUAUCUAUCGCUUUUCCAACGCUUUGGACAAGGCCGAGUUCUAUAGACCCUAUAACACCACCGGGUUUAGCCCCCACGGAGACGUGUUCUCAUGCAAGAACGACAAGAAGCAUGGCCAGAGACGCAAGAUUACCAGUAGUGUCUACUCAAUGAGUAAUCGGUUGGCAAAAUUUGCGGACACAGGCAAGCCCUGUGACAUCGGGGAGUGGCUGCAUUGGUUAGUUUGCAAUUUGCCCUGUCCACAUAAUCCACGUGUCGAAUAUAGGCUUAACAACUUUAGGUACACUUUCGACAUCAUCGGUGAGCUCUUUUAUGGCAGGGCAUUCGGCUUCCUUGAUGAAGGCAAGGAUCAGAAUGAUUGGAUCAAAUCUCUCGAUAAAAUGAUUCCCUUUGUCUGUCUCAUGGGCGUUGCACCGCCAGCUCUCCGACCUUUCAUCGGCAUCGGAACCAUGCUCACGUCCGCCGGAAAGGAAAUUGCGAAGGGAGUGAAGAACAUUGGCGAAUCCUCCGCGCGGCUUAUGAAGGACGCGUACGAGUCACGCCUCGAGGCCCCAAGGACCGAUAUGGCCCAGCAGGUUUUCGCCAUCUACGAAAAGAAUGGCGAAAAGUACGACUACCGAUGGGGCGACGUCGAGCAGGAAUCGUACGGCGCGCUUUUUGCCGGCAGUGAUACCACCGCGAUCGCCUUUCGAUCCCUUUUCUACCACCUCAUGCACAACCCUGACAUCUAUCGCCGCCUCGAGGCUGAAAUCGACCAGGCCGUCAGCGAGAGUCGGCUGAGUAUGCCUCCUGUAUACAAAGAUGCAUCCCAGCUUCCUUACCUGUGCGCGUGCAUCAAAGAGGCCUUGCGCAUCCACCCCGGAGCACAGCUCUCUCUACCACGUACUGUGCCUCCACAAGGAAUGACAAUCAGCGGACAGUUCAUUCCUGGCGGCUACACUGUUGGCAUAAAUGCCGCUGUGCUGCACUUCGACAAGAAAGUGUUUGGUCAGGACGCGGAGAGCUUCAACCCCGAUCGAUGGUUGGACACUUCCCGUGCCAACUACAUGGACAAGUAUAUGAUGGCCUUUGGUGGUGGCACCCGCACUUGCCUGGGCAAGAACAUUGCUCUCAUCGAAUUACACAAGCUCACUCCUCACCUUGUGUGGAACUAUAGGUUCGAGUUCUACGACCAGAACAAGACCACUUGGCAUACAAGGAACACCUUCUUUGCACGACAGGAGGGGGUAGUCGCUCGCAUUAACGAACAGAACUAA